GGAAGUUCGACGUUCCCUCUGGACGUACAGCGAUCAACGUAGCGGAUCUACGCGAGAGAGGGGAGCGGUGAGGCUGUCCCCCCUAAACAUGCAUCUUUUCCCCAGGGUGGACGUGCUCAAAGUGACCCAGGAUGGAGCUCUUCCUGCCGCAUAAACCUUCGCUGUAGUUCGGCUGCAGAGAAACACCCGGGGCUUUAAGACAAACAGAGGUAUCUGCCCUCUUUAUUUAUUCAGGAGAGAAGAUGGCGGAGUUCUCUCCCGUCCUGCCGAUGCGGGAUGGAGGGGGAGGUCGACUUGCUCAGCCCAUCUUCCCGCGGUCCAGGUCGGGUUCCGAGUCCGAAAGCGAACUGUCCCAGAGCCUGGCCCGGACCAAGAUCCGUUCGUACGGAAGUACAGCCAGCGUCACUGCAUCCCUGGGGGAGAAAUACAUAGAGCAUCGGGUUACAGACAGCGAUACUCUGCAGGGGAUUGCUCUCAAAUACGGUGUGACGAUGGAGCAAAUCAAACGAGCCAACAAGCUGUUCAGCAACGACUGCAUCUUCUUGAGGAACAGCCUCAACAUCCCCGUGGCGUCAGAGAAGCGCUCCAUUUUUAACGGACUGUCUCUGGAGUCUCCUGACGGGGACGGGGACGGGGAGACGGCAAACCAGGACGCACACGUACCCCAUGUUAUGAUGCAGGACAUCGAGGGACCCUCGCCGCCCUCAUCGCCGCCUCCCGAGAUCUCCAACGCCCCCCAGCCUCAGCCUCAGCCCGAGGAGCUGUCAGCCAAAGACUUCUUGCACAGACUGGACUUGCAAAUCAAACAGUCAAAGCAGGCUGCACAGAGACUGAAGGAAGAGGAAGUAAGGAACAACGAGGAGGAGGACAACGCGGCCCCCAAAACGUCGUACCAUGAGCUUUAAAGGAAGCAGUCCGUUUGUGCGACCAUAAACACAACCUCAUCUGUUCCAGUUUACCUUGCUGAACACGUGUCAUGUUUGCCUUCUUAUUUAUUGAACUGUAAUUAUUUGUUUUAUUAAUUCUUUUUCUUUUACUGUUUUAUCUGCUUUCUGAGUGUAGUCACGCGAAGCUGCUGUAAGGAGCGCACCAGUUCGUCCUCACAGGGAGACACGGCGCGCUGAGAUUAGGCACCAUAAAAUCCCCCGAUGUUUUUU